AACACGCCUGCGGAAUAAAAGGGGGAUCACAGGAUUAAACUCUAUGUUCGCCGUGGUCGGUUUGACAAGAUACGAUGAUAUAGAUAAAGUAAAGCCAUGAAAAUAUAUACAAAGCCGCGCUUAUUGGCUUUUCGGCUGGAGUAAACACGCGCUGUGGUGCGCUUUUCUCUUCUGGCGCAGUCCAACUCCGCUGGAGGCGCAUACUGUAGGAUGCCGAACAAUCCUAUAGGAAGUGACUCCUGCAACACUUAAACGGGAUCUGUUCGCUUUAAAGCCACGGACGCGAUGGAUGAAGGCACAGCCACCGAGACGGUUCCGGACCUGAAAGACAUAGAGGUGAAGAUCGGCCGGAAGACCCCCGAGGGUUUGCUCCGGUGGAUGCGGGAGGAGGCGUCUUCUCUGCGGGGAGACGCAAAGCUGACGGCCCCUCAUGGCACCGGCAAGGAGACAGGGAAGAAGAGCCUGGACGAGAAGAUCAGGAAGCUAAAGACAGAGAUGGCCUGCCUGCGCUCUGCGGACGUGAAGAUCCUGCAGCAGCUGCUGGCCGUGCACGAGGGCAUCGAGGCGGUGAAGUGGCUGCUGGAGGAGCGCAGCACGCUGACCAGCCGCUGCAGCAGCCUCACCAGCAGCCAGUACAGCCUGGGGGAGGGCCCCGACACGUCCUGGAGAGGCUCCUGGAGCAGCCUGCAGGACCCCAACGACAGGCUGGACAACGUCUCCAUCGGCAGCUACCUGGACACGCUGGCAGACGACAUGGACGAGUACUGCCCGUCCAGCUCGGAGUCCGUCAUCUGCUCCACCGCGCCGCUGGUGUCGGAGGCCGGGACGGGAGGGAGGUGUAGCACAGGGGCUGGAGGCGGGAUGCGAGCGGCUGCAAAUGGCAAUGCAGGUGGGGCUGGAAGUGGGGCGGAUGCAAAGGAAGGAGGGACUGGGAUGAGCAGCGCUGGCACUGGAACAGGGACUGGGAUGAGCAGCGCUGGCACUGGAACAGGGACUGGGAUGAGCAGCGCUGGCACUGGAACAGGGACUGGGAUGAGCAGCGCUGGCACUGGAACGGCAGCUGGGUUGAGGUCUUCGCCUCAUGAGUCUGAGGUCCCCAAGCAGGAUGCUCCGGUUUGGAGCCGCUCUGGGGACAAGGGGAAGGAGAGUCCCGUCUCCAGGGACAAAACCCAGACGCAGUCCGUUAACGCCAACGGUGUCGUGGAGAAACAAGCCGCGCAGACAGGAAGCCCAAGCCGCUCCAGCCUCGCCGAGAAAGUGGAAACUGGCCAGAGCCCCAAGCUCAAGCCCUACAAAAACGGAAAGAUCGAGCUGGAUACCUGCAAAAUAAACGGCAAGAUGCGCCUUGAGUACGACGCACACUGGCGAUGGGUGCAGUCGCAGGAGGAUGUGACGUUUUUGUGAUCACCACCACUGCUCAGCUCAGUGGGGGGUGGGACAGGAAGCACACGGACCCUGUCCUGGCUGAAAGACAACUGCACUAAGUGACUGUAAACAUGAUGUCAGUGUUACGCCGGAUGCACACGGCAGGAUUUGGCCCACGUUUAGCCAAACUAGGCCUCCACACAAACCUAGAGAGAUCAGCUCCCAAAUCCUGCGUCGGUUUUCCUCAGGGCCUUUCACGGCGUUCCCAGAUUGUAUUUAAGUUUGAACUCAUGCUGAACUCGCUAAAACAAAGCACAGUGAGAAGAUCUGCCAGAGCGCUUAAACACCACGGUUUGAUGACUAGUAGAAAACGGUUCUAACUGUAAUUAGGUUUUGCCCCAUUCAUCCACAAACAGUUUCCACAAAUGACAACACCACAGGUUGUAGCUACACUUUAUCCAGAGCAUCUUGGUCCUGGUUACUAUAGCAACCACUGGACAAGUGGCAAAUUAUGGCUCCGUAAAAUCUUCCUCUGGGACUUACAGAAGGAUGGGAGCCUGGUCAAAUGUGUUGCAUCUACAUUACAAUUCACAGCAAAGAGCCAAAGUUGUCCCUUAUAUAAACCUUAUUAGAUCACAAAUAACAUAUAUUGUAUAGACAGUAUUAAAGUAUUAACAAAACGUAACCUGAGUGAUAGAGUCCUAUGCUAGAAUCUUAAUGUGUUCCUCCCUAAACACUAAACACAGUAGAAACAGAUGAACCCACUGUUAGCAUUGAUGUGUGCGUGGAUCCAGCUCCUCCAACUGCUAUGUUGUUAUCUAGUCACUGGAUCCCACUCUGCGUCAGGAACGUGGUCGUUGUGUUUCUUUAAACCAGUUGUGAUGAACUGUGAUCGUUUCAGGAAGCAGACGUUGUGCCUGACUGAUUGCCUGCGUUUUGAGACGACUGCACUGUUGUUAUGAUAAUCAAGCGCUUCGCCCUCGCUGUACUUUUGCCGCUUGCUUGCGUCUGUGCUGCAGCCUGAAGGGGGCGCGUCGCAUGAUGGUGCCCAGAGCUUUAGGGGAGAAGAAAAGCAAUAUUUGCCGGAGCCUUUCCUCUUCACAGACGAAGGCAAAGCAUUGUCUGCGCCUCGGGAGCGGCCCCGGCUGCUGACAGGUACCAAACACCUGCCUGAGAGCGGCCGGACGGGGUUUCAGCUCAUUCACGGCAGCGUUGUGUUAGUGCCACACAAAGUUACGUAAUCAGCACAAACAACGGGUUCAACGCGUGCUCCUCCGUCCGUUGUGAAGGUCUCUGUCUCGCUGUGCGUUUCCUCUCCUCCUGCCUCGUUAGUUUGCUUUGAUGGAAAAGUCCAGUCCGUGCCAACGCACACACGACGCGCUCUCUCUAGAGACGACACCGUGAAACCAGCGCCACAGAAACAAACGGGUCGAGGGCGAGACACAGCGAAGUCCUAAACGAGUUGGAAAAACUCAGCCUCGACCCAGUAGUUCAUGUACUGUAUGGUCUAUGAUGCGACCACAGUGUAGACGUGCGGUCUGGACCCUCCUGCUCCUGUUCAUCCUCCUCUGCUGCUUCAUGGUUUACUUAUUAGCAGAAGCAUAUGGGACAACCUACAUUUAGCCGUGGAGACGAACCUGUGAAACCCGUCACUGUUUUAUAGAGACGUCCUGCACUGAAGCCCGUCUGGAGCUGCAGGGAUCACUGAGCACAGUUAGACAAUAUGAGAAGGCUGAUAAAAACCCUCGGUAACAGCUGCUGACGGUGGAGGUGCCAGGAGGGUUCUGUAUGGAUGCUGAGCGUCUGCGCCAGCAUCAACACACACAUGCUGCUGGUUGAGGAGCAGCUCGUCACAUUAGCUUCGUGAGGCUGUAGCGUAGAUGGCUCUAGCCUCGGCGUCGGGUGCCAGGCGCCCGCCAGCUAUUCUGGGCACCGGGCAAACAGCGCAGCGCGGCCCCGCCGUUGCCAUGGCGACCGGGCCGGCCGAGCUCUGGCUCUGGGACGGUGUUUACAGCUGCCAAGCGAAAGCAGGUGACGUGGAAGUAAACGUCUGAUCACAUUGUCUCACAUCUUUCCAAUUAGAAUUAAACCAAGCAGCACCAGAAUACGCAGAUGUGACUCAUUCCACCCAAACAAUAACACUAGGUAUAACAUUUUAGUAAAUUGAGCCGGUUAAAGUUUCAUUCCAGCAUUUUGUGAAGCACGAUGUUGAACGGGCAGCGCUGCCAGGUUCGUCCCCUUGUGAGGAGCUACAGUAGAGACCCGUGUCUCCCAGGGGACACACAAUCAGCUGAUGAGCGUGGCUCAGAGAUGAGGAGGCGCCGGUGUCCUGCUGUUUUCUUGUGUCCUCUCACGCAUGCGGUACAAACAGCCCCGUCCUGGAGCGAUGUGAGUCUCUGUGGGUUCACAUCAAGCGAGGCACUGGGACUGUUCUAUACUUUCCUGCAACAUCUCACGCCGUUCUAGUCUUUAAAUGAACCCAACGGUUACACAACACAGAGCUGAGAGGACGGGAAGAUGAAAGCCAAGGAUGGACAGGCUGAGUGAGUGGAGCAGUAUUUUUAAAUGCUACGCUGCAUUUCUUUUGUUUCGUUACGCAACGUGUCCUAAAUGUUAUUUUUAUUAGUGAGGAUGAAACGUUCAACAGACACAGUAACUGAUGUUCACCGUUGUGCAGAGCUUAUGCAGUGUGUAAAUUAUUCGAGCUUCUCCAAUAAUUAAAGCUAUUUUAAAUGGA